AUGAGUCAACAAGUCGCUCACCGCUACUACCUCGGCCGCUACUCCCUCUACCAACUCGACCUCCGAACCGCCGAGCGUCAUCUCGCUUUCGCCUUCCGGAACUGCCCGCCCCAGAACCCCCACGACCCCCAAUCCAACGAGGUCACUUAUAAGAACGCUCGACUCAUCCUCAUCUACCUCGUCGCCGCCCGACUCUGUCUUGGGAUUUUUCCUUCCCAGCAACUCCUCCACGCCUACGGUCUCGAUGUGUACUUCUCGACGCUAAUCAGGGCUGUGAAAUUGGGUGACUUGGGACUGUUGGAUAACCAUUUAGAUAACCCAGAGGUUUUGGGCUGGUUUGUCGGGAAGGAGAUUUACUUCUUGCUGAAGGAAAAGUUGCGGGUUUUGUGUUGGCGGUCGUUGAUUAGAAGGGUGUGGUUGCUCAAUGCCGGUCAGCCGAGGGUGGAUUUAAAUCUGUUGGUCAGUGUGGCGCAGGUGUUGAUGAAGGAUGGUAGCUUUGAUAUCAGCGAUAUCGAGUGUAUUACUGGAUCUUUACUCGACCAGGGCUAUAUCAGAGGAUACAUCCACUCGGAGAAAAAGAUUUUGGUCGUCUCAAAGACAAAUUCCUUCCCGCUCGUUUCUAGCGUGGAGGUGGCAGAAGAGUACGUAUGA